AUGUCGCUGUUCUGUGCGAGAAGUCUCGUCCAGUACUGUAGGUACGCCAUCUUCAGGGUCAGAGUUCCCGUGGCAGUUCGAGUAGCACCCCGUCAAAUCAAAAGGGGUCAACUAUUAUAUCAGAUACCUAGAGUUGCACUGCUGUGUUGUGGUGCAGGGUGGGGCACUUGUGUGGCAAAAUGCCAAGAAGCAUCACUGUCACAGAGGACUGUCGAGAGAAAAUCUCUUGCCAAAGUGCAGGUUCACAGGCUAGUGUUUAUCUUUAGGCUAGGUCUCCGUGCUUUGGUGCUUCUGCUCAAAUUUAGCCCCCUGCUGCUACUCUACCCUCUGAGUCUGCUCUCUCAGCGCUGGGCUUCGUAUUGGCUCGACGCCCUGCUGUGGGUCACCGAGACCUCUGGACCUACCUUCAUCAAGCUUGGCCAGUGGGCCAGCACACGGCGGGACAUCUUCUCCAUAGAGUUCUGCGAUCGUUUUUCCCGGCUCCAUGUACGAGUCAGACCUCACGCAUGGGCUCACACCAAACAGUGCCUGAGGAGGGCCUUUGGUGAAGACUGGAAACAGUUGUUUGUUUUCGACAGUAAAGAACCUGUAGGAUCUGGCUGUGUGGCUCAAGUGUACAGGGCCAAGGCCAGGGUAAGCAAUGUGGAAGACCCAGUCUUCCAGCGCCUGGUGAAUCAGAUGGAGAAGGAGGACCUUCUUGAAGCUUGGGAGAUCCCAGGACUCGGAGGAGCCUUGGGUCCCCUGUUGGAGAACAAGGAGGAGGAAAGAGAAGACACAAAGAUUACAGAAUUACAUCAAAGUGUCUCCUCAGGAGAGGAGCACCUGAUUCCUGUGGCUAUCAAGGUGCUUCAUCCUGGAGUCAGAAGACAAGUUCAGAUAGAUCUUCUUCUCAUGAAGGUGGGCAGUCAGCUGAUAAACUGUCUGCCUGGUCUCAAGUGGCUCAGCUUCCCUGAGAUUGUGGGUGAAUUUGAAAAACUCAUGAUUAAACAGAUUGACUUACGGUUUGAAGCAAAGAACAUGGAAAAGUUCAAAGAAAACUUCAAGGAUCUGGAUUAUAUCAAGUUCCCAACACCCCUCAGACCAUUUGUCACAAGGACCGUCUUAGUAGAGACAUAUGAGGAAAGUGAGCCCAUCUCUAAUUACCUCAGUGCUGAAGUGCCUGUGGAAGUCAAGCAGAAAAUUGCCCGAAUGGGGGUAGACACCCUUCUUAAGAUGGUGUUUCUGGAUAACUUUGUGCACGGGGAUCUCCACCCAGGGAACAUCCUGGUUCAGGGUGGCAGGGGGGAGGUUCCCCAGGACAGGGCCACGUUGACGGACCUCUGGGACACGGUGGUGGUCAGCAUGAGACCGUCCCCUCCAUCCAUGCAGCUGGUUUUACUGGACGCCGGCAUUGUGGCUCAGCUCAGCGAAGGAGACCUAACAAACCUCAAAGCCGUCUUCACAGCCGUGGUCCUCAGACAGGGGGAGCGGGUAGCAGAACUGAUUUUGAACCACGCUAGGGCCAAUGAGUGUCAGGAUGUUCCUCGCUUUAAAAGAGAAAUGGCAGAGCUAGUGGACCAGGCUCUCAGCGAUACCCUGUCUCUAGGAAAGGUUCAGGUGGCUGAGUUGCUGUCUAAAGUUUUUGGAUUACUUAUUCAUCACAAGGUAAAGCUGGAGAGUAACUUUGCCUCUGUGGUGUUUGCUAUCAUGGUGCUGGAGGGACUAGGCAGGUCUCUGGAUCCUAACCUGGACAUUUUGAAGAUUGCCAAACCUCUGCUUUUGAAAAACUGUGCCUCUCUCCUUUAA